CGGACACAAGCUGAAUUGCCAGGCGAUCGUUACAACAGAGGGAAAACUGACGAAGGCAGACUGAACAUGGCACUUACUUAAAAAGCAUGCUGUCUCCAGUAUCAUUGUAUGGUAUAUUUACAGGCUGACGAGACACUUGACUAGAACUAUACUGAAGCCGAAAUAUAUAUUUCGCAGUUUAUAAAAAGCAAAAUGGAAGUGAAAAGUGCCGGAGUUUCGGAGCCAUAUCGCAGCAUUGUUGAUCACGGAAUUGACGUGCCAAUGACGAAACUACCCAUGAUUCCCUGUUCUAAAUACCUCGUCAUUGGCAACCCGAAGAUGCGAGUUGCACGCAAGCGCAGCAGACGACAACAGGUUGUGUGGAAGGUUCCUCGAACGCACGCACGAAGCAGGCGUAAACGGAUUGUAUUUCGUUCGAUGAAUGGGUCUGAUAGUAAUGAGUUUGACAGGGAUACUCUCUACUCCGACCGCCGAUACGACGACGAAGAUAUGAAAAUCAUGCCACCGAUUAUCCACGAGGACGCUAAGCCAAAGAAUGUGGAAAUUUUACAAGAGAAAAAAUUAAUCGAGAUCUGUAACCGGGAAAAGACACGGACUGACACGAUGGGUCGAAAACUGCCUUUACCGCGGAAGACGAGUAAGCGGGAAAAAACUCGAGUGUCGUUCAAACUGCCUCCGAUCGAGGAAAAACAAAUAGAAGUCGAAGAAAAUGAGGUUACUAGUAAUAAAACUGUCCAAGAAGCUGAUGGCAACGGUAGUGGUAACGAGAAACACCGACACAAAUCCACGUGCCAGAGCCCCGACCACAAGAAGAUAUGCAAAGGCUCCCCCGUGUGCGAAGGGGAGGCCAGGGAAUUCUGCGAUGUACUGGGACAUAAAUACUGUUCUUGCUGCCUUGCCUAUCACAAUCGUAAGAAAUACGAAAGACUUAUGCUGCCAAUAUUACGAGUCUCCUCGCCGAAGAAUGUCACAUCGACCAAUCUAUCACGAGCCAUGCAGAAAGGUGCUUACAAUAAAAGGCGAUCACGAAAAAAGAGCAAAGAAAUAUCGACGACGUGUAUGUGUUCAAAACUCCCCAGUCUGACCGGCAUGCUCGGAAAAGGUAGCACAGCUGGCUAG